GUCUGGGAACGCGAGCGGGGAUGGUAGGUGGUUUGGACCCGCCGGGCCGCCGUCGUUUCCAGAAGGGGUUUGACUGGAGGAACCUCUGGAGCAACUCCUCCGUCCAGUCUUAGGACAGGCUCUGAGGUCCUUCGGCUCCAGGCUGUGUCACCUCGAGACGGCUCCACGCCGCGGGCUCCGGCUCGGAUGGACACUUCUUCCCGCGAAGACUGGAUUCCGGAGCCCUGGCGCGGCUUCCCGAGCGGCCCCUAGCCGGAGCCGGGCCUCCCGCUGCAGAUGCUUUCGGUGUGGGAUUUACCUGUUGUCACCUCUUUCCAGAACGAUUCGAGGGUUGGCUGACUCCUCUGGCUGAUGGCAUGUUGAGAUUCAAGGGCCAGUGGCAGCGAGGGCAUCUGAUCCAGAGGGGACCAGUCUAGAGUCCAGGCCACCAGUACCAUGGGCCAGUGUGUCACCAAGUGCAAGAAUCCCUCAUCAACCCUGGGCAGCAAGAAUGGAGACCGUGACCCCAGCAGCAAGUCACACAGCAAGCGAGGUGCAGGUCACCGUGAGGAACAGCCGCCAGCCUGUGGCAAGCCAGCGGGGGACAUCCUCGUCAAUGGGACCAAGAAGGCAGAGGCUGCCACUGAGGCCUGCCAGCUGCCAACGUCCUCAGGAGAUGCUGGGAGGGAGCCCAAGUCCAAUGCCGAGGAGUCUUCUUUGCAGAGGUUGGAAGAACUGUUCAGGCGCUACAAGGACGAGCGGGAGGAUGCAAUUUUGGAAGAAGGCAUGGAGCGCUUUUGCAAUGACCUAUGUGUGGACCCCACGGAAUUUCGAGUGCUGCUCUUGGCUUGGAAGUUCCAGGCUGCUACCAUGUGCAAAUUUACCAGGAAGGAGUUUUUUGAUGGCUGCAAAGCAAUAAGUGCAGACAGCAUUGAUGGGAUCUGUGCACGGUUCCCUAGCCUCUUAACAGAAGCCAAACAAGAGGACAAGUUCAAGGAUCUGUACCGGUUUACAUUUCAGUUUGGCCUGGACUCUGAAGAGGGGCAGCGGUCAUUGCAUCGGGAAAUAGCCAUUGCCCUGUGGAAGCUGGUCUUUACCCAGAACAACCCUCCAGUGUUGGACCAGUGGCUACACUUCCUAACAGAGAACCCCUCGGGGGUCAAGGGCAUCUCCCGGGACACUUGGAACAUGUUCCUUAACUUCACUCAGGUGAUUGGCCCCGACCUCAGCAACUACAGCGAAGAUGAGGCCUGGCCAAGUCUCUUUGAUACCUUUGUGGAGUGGGAGAUGGAGCGGAGGAAAAGAGAAGGGGCGGGGGGAGGUGCACUCAGCUCAGGGCCCUUGGGCUUGUGUCCCCAGGAGCGGGCUUAGUGCUCUGCUCCAGGGCUGCAGGGGUCUGCGCCGCCCUGGAGCCACCCGAGGAGCUGGACCUUUCUGGAGAUGACCGACGAUCCGGAUAUUUUCUACUUCACACCUUGCUCUGCCUUGUAUCUGAAAGGGCUCUAAAAUGCUGUAUCAUGUUUUAGGCACUUUCUUCACUUUUUGGUUAUUUUGGUUAUUUCUUUUUGGGGGGGCAUCCCCCAAAAUAUUUGAACCUGGCUACAUGUUAUGUAUCUUUUGUUUUUGUUGUUUGUUUUUUAAGCCUUCAGAUAGAAUAAGCCUGCCAUUUCUUGCACAAAUAGAUUUUUUUGUUGGGGGGAGGCGCAGAGCAGGAUAGGGAUGGGUGGUCAGGUUGAGCUCACAUUACAAACAUCAGUGCCAGGUCUCAGUUGUGCAUAUUGUUCUUCAGGGCAGGUCUGUACUGUGUAGUGCUGUUUACAUGGUUGAAUUGAGGUUGUAAUAAUUAUUUUUGAAGAUUUACACAGAGUUGAGUAGCAGUGUUAACUGUUAACCACGUUGCAUUAAUUCCCAGGUGAGUUAAAGCUCUUGGAGAGCCAGGGCCCGCCAAGAGUGUCUGUCGUCUGGUGACAGCCCCAUUAAGCUAGUUUAUCGGGAACCCUCUGUCCCGCAUUCUAGCUCCUCCCUUUGACCCACUGCAUUUCACGUUGAGCUCCUCCCCCAGCACGCGGCACCUGUCAGUCAAGUGAGCAGUGUUCUAGAUCACGUGCUAACAACCACUUAGGCAUUGACUGCAGAGAAAGCAGUGCUACCUCAGUUUUGCUGGAAGUAGAC